AGUCUGGAGUGAUGUCAUACUGACAUUUUUCAGGCUGUGAAUGUGACGUGUAAGAAGCAGGGAAGGAAAGCAAGCUGUGGUGACUUUCUCUGGGCACGUUGGAAGUGGAAGCCACGAUGACGUCUACUAAAGAAGAUCUUUGGCACACUCUUGAGAGUCUGACAGCUGAACAGUUCAAGAACUUUAAGUGGUUCCUGAAGGAGGAGGAUGUGAAAAACGGUUUUCCAGCCAUUGCAGAGGCCCGACUGGAAGGAGCGGACAGGCAAGAUACGAUCGAUCUGAUGGUGCAAAAAUACCGCUGCUCAGGAGCUGUGCAAAAAACCAUGAAGAUCUUAGGGAAGAUCAACAGAAAUGAUCUGGUUCAGGAUUUGUCAAACAAGUUAAAUGAAGACCACAAGAUCUCUGCAGCGCUUCCAUGUGAAGAUGAGACAAGGAGGGCCAAACUGAGGGAGAUGAAAGCCCGAAUUGAUCUGAUGAUCAAGGAAAAGCAGAUGAAGAUCUGUGAAGUCAGACGCACAGCAGAGCUCAGCAGGAAGUCUGCAGAGCGGCAGACCUCAGACAGCAAGAGGGCAUUUGAAGCUCUGGUGGCCUCUGUCCAGAGCAGUCUGGAUAAAAUCAUUGGAGAGAUCGAUGAAAAGCAGAAAAUGACACAGAAACAGGCUGGAGGAUUAAUCCAGCAGCUAAAGCAGGAAAUCUCUGAGCUGACCAAGAGGAGCGCAGAGGUGGAGCAGCUUACCAAAGACCAACGUGACUUCUUGUUCACAAAUGAGAUGCUGACAGAAGCCAGGUUCCCCCAGCCGUCUUACAAAGAAACUGUGAUAAGCACCGUGACUCAGCUGAAGGAAAAACUCAGCAAAGACAUGGAGAUGUUUCUCGCUGUGACUGAGCUGAACAGGCUCCGGCAGUUUGCAGUGGAUGUGACGCUGGAUCCAGACACAGCACAUCCCAACCUCAUCCUGUCUGAGGACAGGAAGCAAGUUCGCUGUGGUGACAUAAAGCAAACUCUCCCAGACAACCGAGAUAGAUUUGACUGUGUUAUUAAUGUUGUGGGAAAGCAGAGCUUCUCUUCAGAAAGCUUCUACUAUGAAGUUCAGGUUAAGGAGAAAACUUCCUGGGAUUUAGGUGUCGCUAAAGAGUCAAUAAAUAGGAAGGGAUCAAUCACAGUGAGCACUAAGAACGGCUUCUGGACAAUAUGUUUAAGGGCAGGAGAGUACAAAGCCUCGCGUGUCCAUCUUAGUGUGGACUCUCAGCCAAGGAAAGUGGGAGUGUUUGUGGAUUAUGAGAAUCGUUCGGUCUCCUUUUAUAAUGCUGAGUCCGCACAACUCAUUCAUUGCUACACUGACUGCUCCUUCAAAGAGAAACUCCGCCCUUUCUUCAGCCCCGGGACUCUUCAUGGUGGCCAAAACUCCACUCCGCUCAUCAUCUGUCCUGUCUAUCACAACUGUCAGAUCUGAUCAAUCAUCCUUUCAACUGCGUGAGACUCGUCAUAGAGUGGUCAGCUUCUCCACCUUUAUUUAUUUAUCACCCCUAAGUGGACAUCUGAAAACAAAAGGUCAGAUGAAUGCGACAGACUUAUUACACCAAACCCUCAGCCAACUUUUGAGUGGUUCACUGUUAACCUGAUGGGAGUGUUCAGGGGUUAAUGUAGUUUGUAGUAUUCAGAGGGUCCAGUGUGGCCUGCCGAAUAGCACAAAAAUGUAAUCAACCCUUCACCGACCCCAUGCUACGCAGCAGGGUCAGGAUUGGGUCACCAGUCGUUAAACAGAUGGUGUCAUAUGGGGCUGUUUGAAUUGUUUAUUUUAUCGUCAGUUUUACAGCCUUCAAACUUAGAGCCUGCAGUUUGCCACGUCACACUGAAAUAAGGUGCUUAAGAAAGGAACGUCUAGUUUCUUUGUAAUGAUAAAAGUCUAAGUGAAUAACAGAUGUGGGAAAUAAGUUUUUACACAAUUCUGAAGUCUUUGUGUGGCUCAUGAGCCAAAAAGAGUUUGACACCCUGAUGUAGGAGCUUUAGUUGUAAUCUUGUGGAAGGUGUCACAGACGGGCCACAGUUUUACGCUCAGUACGGCGUUCCCUGACAGAUUUUUUUCUCGGUAUUCAGUUACAUGGUUGAACAGGUAACUUUGGCCUGAGCUUAUUUAAGACCAUGCUGGUGACCACUGCACAUGAGCUUCUGUGUCAUAUUUUACUCUAAAGGUUCAGGGUUUGGUCCCAACUCUAGAGAAGGAAAACCUUCCUGAACAAUCAGAGAGAGAGAGAGAGAGACCUUGAGCCUUGAGGGUCUUAUUUAACACACAGACAGUCAUUUUUCAAACAUCUCCUCCCUCCAGCAGAUCAUGUUUUACUUGCAUGUCGAGUGUGGGGAUCCAAACUGCGACGGUAACCGUUCUAACUUUGCACGCAGCUAGCAGGAGAUAAACUCAUUUAAAUGCAGGUGUGGUUUUUCUACAUUUAGACUCUGUGGUCUCACCGAGGCGCGUCUUUCACCAUCAACUAUCGCAUACUUUCUAAUCCUCUCUUUUUGCAAAAUG